GAUGAUGCUACAGGAAGUUUUACAAAUGCGGUACUAAACAGUUUGCAAAACAGGGUAAGGAAUGACCAGUGAAUGCCAGAAGGACAGUCAAAGCAGGCAGCUUUGCCGGCUUUGUCUGGGGCACGAGCAAGAAUUGUUGGAUAUCUUCGAUGUGCAGCACGCCCACACAGAUUCCUUGACCGAUCGAAUAAACGAAUUUCUCCAACUGAAGAUUCUUCAGUGCGACAACCUUCCGAAAUGGAUAUGUAAGCAAUGCCUGGACAAAAUAGACGAUUUUACCAGCUUUAGGGAACAGUGCAAGUUGAACGAGCGCAAACUUCUGCUCGAUCUGAGAGCAGGUGUUGCGGAAUGCUUGCCGGAAGGCAACCAUCCGGAGGAUGUCGAAUCGUCGGACGACGAAGAAACGGAAAUGAUCGUAAUCGACCCGUUUCAAGAUUACGAAAGUUCCAAUCAAAGUCUUCCACAGCACGAUGAAACGGCGUACGGCGGGGAAAAUGGAACCUCCCUUCUGUCCACCGGUGCGGCACUCAACGAACAGGAACGGUUGGCAAGUGAUGCGGAAGGUGAUGAAGAAGAUCUCAACGGUUCGCUCGCCGAAGAGGAGGAAGAGGAUGAUGAUGAGGAGGACAACAAAUGUGAUACAUUCCCGAAGGACGCAACAAAUGGCUUACCGCACGGAGGCGGCAGUACGAAUUCGACCCCGCAGAAGACCGUCGUUUAUACGUGCAAAUACUGUGACGUGGCGUUUGCGGAUUCUUCCGCCUGUCAGCUGCACGAGAUGCAGGACCACGAUCUGCUGGCACCGUUUGCCUGUCAGUACUGUGCCUACAAGACCGCCAUACGUCUGUCGCUGAUUUCACACAUCCGCGAAAUGCACCAGAACCCACGGCCGUACAUCUGCGUCAUAUGCAAUAAGGGAUUCCCGCGGCGGUCCGAUCUGAAAAAGCACACAUUCGUGCACACCGGCGUCCGUCCGUUCGCUUGCGAUCAGUGUGGGAAGAGCUUUUCGCGCAAUACGAAUCUCACCAAGCAUAUGCGCAUCCAUUCGGGGUUGAAACCGCACGGGUGUGAACUUUGUCCCCGAUCGUUUGCAAACCGAGCGGACCUGGUGCGCCACCAGAAGACCCAUUCCGGGCACGGUAGCCAGUUUUCGUGCGCCCGGUGCGGAAAUAUCUACGCCCGGAAGGACAAGCUCUACAGCCACCAGCAGCUAUGCUUUAGCCAAAUGUUAGCUGGCCACGAUGCGCCGACGGUCGAUGGUCUUCUGUCAGCUGGAGGCAGUAUGUUGCAAUCGAACAACUCGGACUUCCCGAUGGCUCCGUUCUCACUUCAUUUCGGCUCACAAAUCCCCUUCGAGCAGAUGCUGAUGGAAAAUCCCGUCCCAUCGGAGCUCCUUAGUGAUCCAGUGAUGGCGAAUUUCCCGAGUAUCUCUCAACCGCCCACUCUACCACCAGCACCUCCACCACCACCACCGCUGAUCACCUCUCCUUCGCCACCGUCCAGCAAAAUUUUCAACUGCACCGAAUGCCCGAAACGGUUCCUCAGCGAAACGAGUCUCCGCGUGCAUCAGACGACCCAUUCGGCGGAGGACACAGGGCGGGCGUACGAGUGCCCCCAUUGCCAGAGUCAGUUCCUCAACAAACGCGAAUUCGAGCGCCAUCUCAUGACCCACGCGGACGUCAAACCAUUCGGCUGUACAUCGUGCAAUAAGAAGUUUUCACGCAAGGACAAACUGCACCGCCACGAGCGGGUUCACCAGCGCGAGCGGCAAUCCUUCGAGUGUCCCACCUGUGCGGCCAAAUUCCAACGCAAAGGCGCCCUGGCCUCGCAUCUGAAGAUUCACUGUACGGGUGCUUUCGUGCCCGGUGGUUUUUUCACACCGUCGACCCCGGUGGCCACGACCACGGCGGCGGCACCAUUUCCAUUCAAUGUGGUCCGUGAGCAGCAGCAGCAGUUCGGCCAGCUGCCGCCGGAACAUUCCAUGCUGUAUAUGUUCGGUAAUGAUGUGGCGGCCCCCGAUUCCAGUCGAAUGUGACCACCGUUGGAGGAGCGUUAAGAUGCAAACUGGAAAUAUCUUCUUUUAGUGUCAUAGUUUUCGUCAUAGGAGGAAUUAAGUUAUUCGUAUCUUUUAGAUUUAAAACAGAAUAGCAUUAGUUCGAAAUUCGAAAAGUUCUUGGAAAUAUCAGAAUUCUCUCUAGUUCUUCGUCGUACCGUGGCUGUAAGGGGUAUGUAAGUGGGACGAUUUUAAAACUGAUCAAUGCUUGUCAUGAACUAUCGAAUAAGAAGCAGUCUUCGUAAUGAUCUAAUAUUAUUAGGCUAAUUGAUUAUUGUAAAAACGUCUAUUUACACCAAAAGUGUUUCAAAUACAGUCUUAACAC